UGGAAAUAGGCUUGGUUAUCAUUAUCAGGUGUUGUAUUAAAUUCUUUGAAAGCAUCAAACCUGAGUGGUUUUACUCAGGAUGGAUGACCUAUUGGCUGGAAGUGAGCCACAUGGUAAACUUCCACUAAAGCCACCACUGUGGGAAAGCAUUGGAGAUGCUGGCAGUAGCAUGGUCCCAACUUUGGCACUCAUGGAGAUGGCUGUAGCUGUUAACUGUCCCACAAGGAAUGAAAAUGAGCCAUUGGACUUGGUUAUGCUGCAGAGGAUGGUAGCUGAGAGUGUUGUCUGUGCUAAGUACUGGAGCACAGUAACAAUGGAUUUAAUCAAUACUUGCACUAAAGUCAUGCAGUCAGCCAACCGUGACAGGCAGUGGUUUGUCCAUAUGGUUCAGCAAAUCGAGAAAACCAUGAUAACUGCGGUUCACCUGCAGGAUGAUAGGAAGUCCCACAGCCAGGAAGCACAUAAUAUUUGUUGUCCAUCUAUUUUGAGGAUAAGUUCAGACAAGGAGACUGAAGCUGAUGACGAGAGAUAUGGUCUCAGGGCACUCGUGGAAGACUGCAGGUCUCGUCUGGGCAGUCUGGAGCGAGUAGUGAUGCAGUUUACAGAGAAAGUGGAGAUAGCUCUGAACAUUCGUCAUAAGGAUAAGGAGGUGCCGCUUUGUCAUUACUUUAGAGAGGAGAGCAGUUCAUCUCAGGCAUCACUAGGAAUGUGUUCAUCUGUGGGCAGUACCAUAGAGAGAUGUGCAAGCAUCCAUGACACCCGUCACAUAGGACAGUACAAAGAUGCUGCCGUACAGGUCCCUGAGGAACUGGCUGAUACAAAAGUGGAAGGCAAGGCAAACUCUCAUCACUUUCCAGACCUUAUCGCCAAAUGUGAGGUGAUGGAGGCUAAUUUGUUCACGCUCUCUUCUCCUGAUGUCCAACUGGUCUCUGUAGCCAUACUGCAGGCCACUGCUAUACCUGACAGCAAAUUUGAGAUGAUGGAGCGUGGGGUUUUGCCUGAUUCUCAACUGUGCCCACCAGCCAUGAUGAGGUAUGAGCAGCGAUGUGAAAUGAUCACAGAGACUGAGAACAGCAAGCAGCAUCUUCAGCAUACUGGUAGAGACAUUGUGAAAGACAAUGUUUGCAAAUACCUUAAGGUUACUGAGAGCCUCAAAUCUGAGGUUGAGGAGGUAGUAGAGGCCAAGCUGAUGUCAUCAGACCUUCUGCUGCUCACACCAACCAUACAGCCACACAAUGAUCUGAUUGGAACCAACGCUGAUGUGGUGGAUGGUGCUGAUGGUGGCCUUGAGCUGCUAAAGUCUCUAGCUGUUCAUGAGAACGUGGGAGAAGGAACUUCAGAAGAUCUACAGCUUUUGCCUGAUCCUGAAGACUUCAUGCCUACUGCAGAAAUGCAGGCCACUGCUACACCUGACAGCAAAUUUGAGAUGAUGGAGCGUGGGGUUUUGCCUGAUUCUCAACUGUGCCCACCAGCCGUGAUGAGGUAUGAGCAGCGAUGUGAAAUGAUCAUAGAGACUGAGAACAGCAAGCAGCAUCUUCAGCAUACUGGUAGAGACAUUGUGGAAGACAAUGUUUGCAAACACCUUAAGGUUACUGAGAGCCUCAAAUCUGAGGUUGAGGAGGUAGUAGAGGCCAAGCAUCUGAUGUCAUCAGAUGUUCUAUUGCUCACACCAACCAUACAGCCACACAAUAACCUGAUUGGGACCAAGGCUGAUGUGGUGGAUGGUGCUGAUGAUGGCCUUGUGCUGCUAAAGUCUCCAGCUGUUCAUGAGAACGUGGGAGAAGGAACUUCAGAAGCUCUACAGCUUUUGCCUGAUCCUGAAGACUUUAUACCUACUGCAGAAAUGCAGGCCAUUGCUAUACCUGACAGCAGAUUUGAGAUAAUGGAAGGAGGGGUGUUGCCUGAUUCUCAACUGGGUCCUCCAGCCGUACCGAGCUAUGAGCAGCGGUUUGAAAUGAUCACAGAGACUGACCAAGAUAUCAGCAAGCAACAUCUUCAGCAUGCUCCCAGUGACAUUGUGAAAAACAAUGUUUGUGAACACCUUGCGGUUGCUGAGCGCCUCUCAUCUGAGGUUGAGGAGGUAGCAGAGGCCAAGCUGAUGUCAUCAGAUGUUAUAUUGCUCACACCAUCCAUACAGCCACACAAUGAUCUGAUUGGAACCAACGCUGAUGUGGUGGAUGGUGCUGAUGAUGGCCUUGAGCUGCCAAAGUCUCCAGCUAUUCAUGAGAACAUUGGAGAAGGAACUUCAGAAGCUUUACAGCUUUUGCCUGAUCCUGAAGACUUUAUGCCUACUGCAGAAAUUGCCAUUGCUACACCUGACAGCAGAUUUGAGAUAAUGCAGGGAGGGGUGUUGACUGAUUCUCAACUGGGUCCUCCAGCCGUACCGAGCUAUGAGCAGCGGUUUGAAAUGAUCACAGAGACUGACCAAGAUAUAAGCAAGCAACAUCUUCAGCAUGCUCCCAGUGACAUUGUGAAAAACAAUGUUUGUGAACACCUUGCGGUUGCUGAGCGCCUCUCAUCUGAGGUUGAGGAGGUAGCAGAGGCCAAGCUAAUGUCAUCAGAUGUUAUAUUGCUCACACCAACCAUACAGACACACAAUAAUCUGAUUGGGACUAACUCUGAUGUGGUGGAUGGUGCUGAUGAUGUCCUUGAGUUGCUAAAGUCUCCAGCUGUUCAUGAGAACAUGGGAGAAGGAACUUCAGAAGCUCUACAGCUUUUGCCUUAUCCUGAAGACUUCAUGCCUACUGCAGAAAUGCAGGCCAUUGCUAUACCUGACAGCAGAUUUGAGAUAAUGGAGGGAGGGGUGUUGCCUGAUUCUCAACUGGGUCCUCCAGCCAUACCGAGCUAUGAGCAGCGGUUUGAAAUUAUCACAGAGACUGACCAAGAUAUCAGCCAGCAAAAUCCUUCAGUAUGCAGGUAG